UUCAGUUGCUUAGGUAUUAUUUAUAAAAACAAUUUUAUUAAAAAUCUCACAAAAUUAUAAAUAGAAAAUUACUGAUUCAAACAUUUCAUAUUUAUUCAAAUCUAAAUUCGAAAUAGAUACGAUCGUAACGUUAUUACAAUAUUACACCGUAGACGACAGUCCACCGCGGGUAGUGCGCGAACAAUAAUUCGACAUGUCGAGAGCCAAAACUACGGUGUGCGACGAAAACCGGCCGACCGCCGAGUUUGACCGGUUUGAAUUUCGGAACAGCCGGUUGAUCGUCGGCUGUAAGUGUGCGAGAAAUGACGGAAUGCAACACGAGUGCGAGCGAUUGAAGUGCAUCGCCGACCGGUCGCCGUGUCUAACGUAUCCGGCGCCAACUUGCCUACCCAGCCGGCCGUGCCCACCGCGACCACAGGUGAUUCUCCAGGAUACCGGACACCGCGACAAAAGCGGCGCCGAGUCACAGUCGUCGCAUCGGGCGGUGGACGGCGGCACCAGCGGUGUCGGCGUUGGCGGCGGCGGGGCUGUUGGCGGCGACGGUACCGUUGGCGACGACGGCGGUAUUGUUGGCGGGCGCUUGGUCGAACGAAACUCGCGUUACCGACCUUUUAACGCCCGUCGAAUGCGAAAGUGGGCCGUAGAUCAAUACGACGAUCGUCCCGCACUCAGAAACUUUUUUCGACCGUGCCGCGUUCACUGUGUGAAAAAGCAAGCGACCGCAGACAUCUGUGCAAAUAAGACGUCAAAAUGACUUAGAAAAAAGUAUUGAUUCCAUUCGGUCCACCGCACAUCAGACGGUUAUAAUGUAUCAUCAUCCCUCGUCUGUCCCACUUCGAAUCGACCGCUUUUUUCAUCCACAACUAAAAUUAUUUUAACUGCGUUUGCUUAUCGAGUAGGUAGAGUAUAUAGGGGAUCGCCCACAACACUUGCAGCAAAUACAAAUUACCGCACACGGAUUUAUAAAUUUUGCGAUGACAAAUACGACAGAUUAUUAAUAAUAAUCAAUUAAUAAAUAAUAAUAAUAAUAAUAAUACCAAAAUAAGGAUGUUUUUAAA